AUGGGAGACCUAUGGAUACUUCUGUUUCUAUCUCUGUCCCUAGCGGCCUUUCAUGGGGCCAAAGGCUGUUUGGAGUGUGACCCCAAAUUUACAGAGGAUGUUAGGACCUUGUUGGGAAAUCUGGUACCUCUAGAAGUUCCUGAGAGAAAUCAACUGCUGGACAGGCAGCAUAAGGAGAUAACCCAUCUAAGCUCCAAGGUCUCCCACAAGGAUAAGAUGCUUCGGUUGCUGGCUGUUCGAAAUGUUGUCAAAUUGAGAGCAUGGCUGAAGGAUGAAUUUUAUAGACUGGGCAAUGAAACAUGGAAAGGAGUCUUUAUCAUUCAAGGCAAGCUUCUGGAGAUCCGCCAAAACUUGGAGAAAAAACUGACACAAAUACUAAAGAACUUCUCUGAAGUUGCUUGUUCAGAAGAUUGCAUUGUAAUUGAAGGUCCUGUCCUUGAUUGUUGGACCUGUCUUCGGAUGACCACUCGGUGUUUCAGAGGAGACUAUUGUCAAGAUGAGGAUCCAAAAGAGGCAGAGAAUCGAGAGAUUUCGCUCUAUCUGAUACUUAUAGUAGAAGCUGUCAUCUUGGCAAGUGCUGUGCUACUAUACCAUGUUUGUGUCUCACAUCGGAGGAAAAUGAAGGUAAUACGAAGGACAUUAAAGAUAUUUUUGGAGAAGAAACUAGAAGAAUUAGUGGAGAUGAUAUAUAAAGAUGAUGAGGAAAACGAAUUGGAGUUCGGGAAAUCAAAUUCACAGUCUCUGUCAGGAGAGCCUACAAAUGCUGAGUCUGAAAUGCAAACUGGGACUUGA